CAUGUGCGCCGCCGAGGUGGACUAUCACGUCGCCCAGAGAUACCUGCUCAGGCGGAGGCUCGGAAAGGGGGCCUAUGGCAUUGUGUGGAAGGCAGUGGACCAGAGGACUGGUGAGGUUGUGGCCAUCAAGAAAAUCUUUGAUGCCUUUAGGGAUAAGACAGAUGCACAGAGAACGUUCCGGGAAAUCAUGCUUCUCCAGGAGUGUGGGGACCAUCCCAACAUCAUCCGCCUCCUUGAUGUGAUCCGGGCAGAGAAUGACAAGGACAUUUACCUAGUGUUUGAGUUUAUGGACACUGACCUGAAUGCGGUCAUCCGGAAGGGUGGGCUGCUGAAGGACGUCCACAUGCGCUACAUCUUCUACCAGCUCCUGCAGGCCACCAAGUUCAUCCACUCAGGGAAAGUCAUUCACCGGGAUCAGAAGCCAUCCAAUGUCCUCCUGGAUGCCAACUGCUUGGUGAAGCUCUGUGACUUUGGCCUGGCCCGCUCCCUGAGUAGCCUCCCUGAGGGUCCUGAGGGCCAGGCCCUGACAGAAUACGUGGCCACACGCUGGUACCGAGCUCCAGAGGUGCUGCUAUCCUCACGCUGGUACACCCCUGGGGUAGACAUGUGGAGUCUGGGCUGUAUACUGGGGGAGAUGCUGCGAGGGAAGCCCUUAUUCCCAGGCACAUCUACACUCCACCAGCUAGAGCUGAUCCUGGAGACCAUUCCGCCACCGUCAGAGGAGGACCUCCCGGCUCUCGGCUCAGGCUACAGCACCUCCAUUCUGCACCACCUGGGGUCCCGGUCACGGCAGAUGCUGGAUGCCCUCUUGCCACCAAACACCCCCCCAGAGGCCCUGGACCUCCUCAAGCGACUCCUGGUGUUUGCACCGGACAAGCGGCUUAGCGCGGCCCAAGCAUUGCAGCAUCCCUACGUUCAGAGGUUCUACUGCCCCAACCACGAGCGAACAUGGGAGGCAGAUGUGCGGUUGCGUGUGCAUGAAGGAGUCCAGCUGUCUGUGCCCGAGUAUCGCAGCCGCAUAUAUCAGAUGAUCCGGGAGCGGAGGGGAAACUGCAGUGUCCCAAGAGAAGAGGGCCUGGGGGCCGCCCCACCAGGGGUAGAGCCCAGGAUCUCCCGGCUCCGGACGCAGCUCCUCAAGCUCAGAACUGACUCUCAGUUCCCUUCUGGGGCACCUGCAAAGAACCCUGGACUCAGGCCUCAGAGUAACCCUAGUCAUGACCCCAAGCAUGAAGCCCCCAGCACAGACAAGAACAUCCCCAGGCAGAACUCAGCCUCCCUGCUCCAACCUCCUCCCCCAGGGAGGGGGGAAAGGCCUCUAGGGGUAAAGGCGGAGCCCCCCUCCACAUAUUUAUGGGGGAAGCCAAGUGCAACGGGGGCAGUGCCUUCCCUGACCUCACAGGCCAUCGCCCAGGUGGCCAACCAGGCCCUGAUCCGCAACGACUGGAACUGGGGUGGUGGGAUGCAGGUAGCCUGUGUUCGACAGGUCCCUACCCAGCUUCCCCUGGAGCUUCGGCCUGGCCGGAGGAUGUUCAGCACCUCUGCCUUGCAGGGGGCCCAGGGGGCUGCCAGGGCUGCACUUGGGGGCUACUCUCAAGCUUAUGGUACCGUCUGCCAUUCAGCACUGGGCCACCUGCCCCUGCUCCCGGGACCCCUCAUGUGA